AUGAUAGUGGUACCAAAGAUWACGGGUCAAUUACCUCCACGAAAUAUAAAAACCAUAUACAAUAUUCCCGAUAAUAUUAAAUUGGCCGAUCCACAUUUUAAUACGCCCCAAAAAAUUGACAUAUUAUUGGGUGCAACACAUUUUUAUGAAUUUUUAUGCGACGGACAAACACGUCCUUCGACUAACGGACCGUUGUUCCAAGAAACAGUAAUUGGAUGGGUAGCUGCUGGACCAAUAUCGGAAAAUAAGUUAUCAAAAAUAUCGACGUCGAACGCAUUUUUUAGCACGACCGAAAGUGAGCCUACACUAGAGAACGUAUUACAGCAAUUUUGGUUGAUAGAAGACGUAAGCGACACACAACCUUAUACAAUCGAGGAACGUACGUGUCAAAAAUAUUUUAAAAAUACCGUUAUUAGAAAUGACGAAGGACGUUUUGUCGUACACUUGCCGUUUCGGGACAACGCAACAAAACUGGGAAAAUCGUACGAAAUUGCUAAACGCCGUUUUUUAGCAAUAKAACGUAAAUUCCAGAAAGAUAAAAAAUUAAAGGAAGAAUAUUUUUCUUUUAUGAAAGAGUAUGAGUCAUUAAACCAUAUGAGCAGAUUGGAUGAUAAUGAGCAAUCCGAAAACGCAGAUCAAAUAUGCUAUUUGCCGCACCAUGCCGUAAGGAAGGACUGUAGCACGUCUACAAAACUGCGAGUAGUGUUCGACGAGUCUUGUAAAACAGAAAAUGAACAAACUGAACAACACGAAGUGGAUCAAACUGGAGAAGUCGAUAAUGUGUGGAAUUUUUGCAAUCAAGAGUGA